AAGAGGGCGUUACCGUCCUCUACAAUGAUGGUCACUAAAGUAUACAAUAUAAUUACGAAUUGUUAGAAACAAUUGCAUAGUUAGAAUAACAAUUGAAAUUAACUGAACCAAUUAUUACACACUUUGUGUACAUAAGAAGAGUUAUAGAUUUUUUUUCUUUUGAAGAUUUCUUGUACGAUAAAAUUCUUGACUAGAUCGUAACCAUAAUGUUCAAAAAUGAAUCCUUUGACACUGUAGGUUUUGAAUCUGAAGUAUCAAUUGCAAAACCGGAGAUAUCUGCAAAUGUACAGACCACGGAAAUUGUAUAUUCUUCAAGUCAAGUUCAAACUGCGGAAAGAAAAAAUGCAGAAACUCAAACAGUACAAGAACAGACAAAGACGCCGAAUAUUGAUUAUAAUAAAUUAGCAAGUUUUUUAAAAAGAGUUACUCCAAGCUUGUUAGAAGCUUUAGAUGAAGCUUAUAAUACUAAUGCUUUUGAAGAUUAUGAUACUGAAACAACAAAGAAUGCAUCUACUAAUUUGCAACUAUUGGAAAAAUUAAAUACUGUAGAGGAAUCAGAUAAACAGACAAAAAUAAGUGAUUUAUCGUGGAGCAUCGCAGGUGGAACGUUAGUUGUAUCUCAUAGCGUUGUAUAUCAUGAAAAUUGGUGCGAUCAUCUUUCAAAAAUACAGUUCUAUAGUCUAUCGAGAGAAGACAAGCUUUCAGAUAUUUCUAACAAGACUUUGGAAGUAAAUUCUUGCGUUACAACCUUGUCUUAUCAUCCCGUAGAACCUUCAAUUUUAGCAGCAGGUUUAUUUAAUGGUGAUGUAUUAGUUUGGAAUCUUAGAAAUGAUGAUUCAGUCACGCCGAUACAACUUUAUACUCAUGGUGACACUGUCUCUCAAAUAUAUUGGAAACCAAGAACAAUGAACGAUGUAUCUAUUUUAGUAAGCUCAAGUAAAGACGGAUAUAUCAUAGUUAACAAAUUAAUGGCCAACUUUACGACGACUCGUUUACACAAAAGAUUCAAAAUAAUAAAAGAGCAUAAUCCAAUAGAAAGUUCAAGACCUCGAAGCGCAGGAGGCACACGCGAACGUGCAGCAGAAGCUGGACUAUGUAUUACCAGCUUUGAUUUUUCAUGGAAAGAUCCUAAUAUUUUUAUUGUAGGAACAUUAUGCGGUGGAAUAUAUAAAUGUUCUCUUGAUCGCAUGUCUCUUAUCGAAGGGGACGAAAAUCUUUCGGAUCCGGUAAUAGAUGAGUACGAGAGACACGAAGGAAGUAUAACGUGUGUCAAAUGUUCGCCAAGUCGUAAUUUAUUUGUUACUUGUGGGACGAAUAAAGACAUUCGUAUAUACGAUUUGGAUCAGAACGUUAGUCAGCAUUCAAUAUCGUUAGAAAGUACCGUUAUAGGUUUAACGUGGAUAAUAGGAAAUCAAGAUAUAUUUGCGACAUUCGGUGCUGGCAAUGCAAUUAAAUUUUAUAAUGUAACCGAUGGUAAGAUCGUGACAAACAUAAAAGUUGAAGUAACUAGCGAAGCAAGUAUCAGCAAUAUAUCUCUCAAUUCUAAGAGGGACAUCUUGGGUAUUGGGAAUAUACAGGGACACUUAGAAAUUUGGAAAGUUCCUCGGCAAUUGUUCUGAAAUAAUCUUUAUUCGUUUAUUGUCAAGUACAAUACAUUAUUUUUCUUCUCAUAUUUCACACUUUUAUAUAUAUAUAUAUCUGCUUUUAAUUGGAAUUCUUAAAUAAUUAAUAUUUACUAUAAUUAAAAUUUACUAUAACAUUUACUACAAAUUUAAUAUAAUAAAAUAAAAUAUUUAUCCAUAUUCGGAGGAUAUAAUUUAAUAUCUUGAAACUUAAUAUUUUGUGCAACAGACUUCGAUAUACUCGCGAUUUCAAAUAAAAUAUUGAAAAUCAAGUAAAAGAAAACGAUAGGAGAGAAAAAAUUUACGAUAAUGCAUCGGUUAUCCGUCAUUGUGGAUUAAAAUUAUCGAUGAUAGCAAUUGCGCGAUAUCAAACGAGUGAAACGUUUUAAUUAACAUUAUUAUAUUUCAUAAAUACAUUACGAUAGAUCAACAUACUUUACGUCAUUUAUAUGCAUUAGAUCGAAUAUAAAUAAUAUAAAAAUUUAUUAUAAAAAUAGGAAUUGCGAAUCAACAAAAAUCAGUGAUCUUUCACAAAGUUUUUGGCAACUUACCAAACGCCGGCUUUCUUCUCGACUCUUUAUUGUCUCCGCUGUGAAAAUGAUGAUACACAUAUACAUAUAAAUAUAUUACAUAUACAUAGACGUAUAUAUGUAUACAUAUCCGGAUAUCAUGCCAAUUAAAAUUCAUUGUAAAUAUUUAUCAUGAAACACAUUGUAAAAUUCAUUCAGUAAAAUGAACUUCGAUAAAAUGAAUAUUUAAAUCCUUGGUAAAUAAACGUCACUAUUUGAGUUGUGUGUAAAUUAUUGCACCGACGUUGGUGACAAUGACAAACGUAAAUAAACGAUACUAUUCGAGAAA